AUGGCCUCUCGACGUGAGCAGGAGGCAGCCGCGGCUGUCCUCGUACAAGCAGAAUCGUUACUAGUACAAUCCCGUGCAGACAACGCACUCGCGCUACUCGUGAAGCUCGAGCGGACGACACCUGGCGCCAAGGGAUUGGCUGAGCUGCUCGCCGUGGCUCAGGUUCUCGCCGCUGUCGGCUACACGCCGGAGUGUCCGAGGUGUCGCCGUCCCAUUGGUCCGCUUCCCAAGGAUUACGUGGAUUGGUUCGGGGUGCUCCAGGUGGAUGCGCGGACGGACGAAGCCGGAAUUAAGAAGCGGUACCGACAGCUAGCGCUUCUGCUGCAUCCGGAUAAGAACAGGUCGCAGAAGGCGGAAGCAGCGUUCCGUUAUGUCAAGGAGGCGCACACAGCACUGACAGAGAGCAACAAGCGAGCCGUAUUUGAUACCCUGCGUACCCGCCUCCCCCCCUGCCCCUGCUCUGCACCCGCGGGAGGAAGACCCAUGGGGGUGCAGAGGGGUGCAGGAGGGUUCAGAGCGUCUCAGGGGGCGAGUUGGGCGGGCAACGAGGCGGGGCGGUUGCAGGAGCUGAGGGAGCAAGCCAAGGCGCGGGUGGUGUCUUUGGAGAGGGAGUGGGAGGAGAAGAAGGAGCAGUGGCUUCGAGACUUUGAACAGGCUAAAGUGCAGCAGCAGGCACAGGCGGAGCAGGAGGCACAGCAGGAGAAGGAGGAGGGGAGAAAACAGGAGGAGCGGCACCAGGCGCAAGAGCAGCAGGCGGAGGGGGAGGGGGAAGGGGAGGGGGAGCAAGAGGACGGAAAAGGGACGGAUGUAGCUAAGGGAAGGCAUGGGGAUGUGAAGAGUGAGGCGGGUGUGAGUGAGGGGAGUGUGAGUGAGGGGGGUGUGAGUGAUGCUGCAGCUGCGCCUGCCUCUCAGCAUGCCACAUGUGGGGAGCCAUCCAGUGACCAGACAGGUUCCACUGAUGAGAAUCCGGAACAUGUGGCCGACUCGAUAUGGGAGCAGCUGGCAGAUCUUGUGGAUGAUGCUGACGUGGAAGGUGAGAGCCAAGGCAGGAGGGAGGACAGCAGUUGGAGUGGCAGCAGGGGAACACAGGAGGACAAGGAUGCACAAGCAGAGGAACGGAAAGUGGGCAGGAAGAAGCAAGCAGAGCAAACGACAGAGCAAACGGCAGAGCAAACGGCAGAGCAAACGGCAGAGCAAACGGCAGAGCAAACGGCAGAGCAAACGGCAGAGCAAACGGCAGAGCAAACGGCAGAGAAAACGGCAGAGAAAACGACAGAAAAAAGGGCAGAGGAGCAGGGUGAUGAAACAGUAGAGGUAAACCUCUCCUCUCGCAACACACAUGGCCAGGGGAAGGGCGGCAGACUCGUGGAAAGGGAGGGUGACACGGAGGGGGGUCGAGCAGCAGAUGCUGGGAUGGAGCGAGCUGGCAGCAUGAUGAGCAGUGCAAGCAGUGACUCUUACGGAAAUGGCUCAGCUGAUACUGCAACCCUUGCUGCUGCACCCCUCACUGGUGCAACCCUUGCUGCUGCACGCGCAUACCCCAGUAGUAGUGCUUCUGGGUCCACGGGGGACCAGCCCACUUCUUUCCGCGCCACCAAAUCAGGCAGAGCUGCUGCUGACGCCAUGGCAGCAGCUGCUGCUGCCACGGAAGCUGCCCGAAAGGUUCUCGAGCGGUCCCGGUCAGUGCUGAGGAAGGGCUCUGUGCGGCCUGAGGGAGACCGUGGCCGAGCAGAGGAAGCAGGCAAGGCAAGCAGUGGAGGCGAGGCGGGCGGCGGAGAGGCGGGCGGCAUAGGUGCCGCAGGUGGUGCAGGCGAGAAGGCUAGUGAAGGUGAGGUUGGCAGAGUGGCAGCAAGCUCGGCGCCUUGCAGUGCAGAGGGCUCCGGUGUUGCGUCAAGUUCUUUUGAAGCUCAACCUUCCAAGGCGGAUAGAGGGCCUGCUGCUGAUGAUGCUCCUUGCUGUGGAGAGAUUUCAAGCCCUGCAGCUGAAGAGACGACUGCAGCGGAUGCAGCAACAACAGCAACAGCAGCAGCAGCAGUAGCAGUGGCAUGCGUUGGCGAUAAAGCAGACUCAGUGGAGGGCGGUAAGCCACGAGAAGCUGAUUUGGUGAGCCAAGGGAGGAGCUCCAAUCACCCCAUGCAGGCAAGCUCAGGUGAUAGCAGUGGUGGUGGCAGUGAUUGUAGUCGUGGUGGUGGCCUUUCCUCCUGCAGCAAUCCAGUCACCCCCGUGCCUGAACCUUCAUCGAACCACCUCUCUUCCUCCGGUGCUGCUGCAAGUGCUCUGGUCUCUUCAGAAAGUUGUUCAGCCUCUGGGCUGGCCACAGUGAAAGGCAGUCCAGGUGCAGAUUCCCUGAUCAGCAGCACGAGCAGCAGUAGAGCGACUAGCAGUAGAAUUCCAAGUCACAGCAGCGUGGGUGGCACGUGGGUUGCACCUUGCAGCAGUGGCGGCAGGAGCAGCAGGAGCAGUAUUGGGGGCGGCAAGGAGGGCAAGGAGGGCAGUGGGGAUGUGUUGGAAACUCUGCAGAGGCUGAGACAUGACACACAAGCUGUUGCUGCCUCACUGGAUAACCUCAGGCGCCGGCUCUCUGCCAGUGCCCGCCCUGCUGCUGUCUUCCCUGGUGCUGUCUUCCCUGGCACUGCAGCUGGGUCUGUGCCAGGAGUAACUGGUUCGUCACCAGUGCAAGUUCCUGCGUCCUAG